AAUAAAUGCAAAUUCAUAUAAUAUUAAUUCAUGGUGGCACUAUGAGUCUUGUGUCUGUGGCAGAGAGUAUAGACAAAAACCAUGGCUUAACAACAUGAAACAAUUUUUUUUUCCUUUCCAAACUAUUGAUCAAACUUAAUGGUUAAAAAACCCAAUUAAAGGGUUCAUGCGAUCUUUAUAAUUUCAACAGAUGGCCAAGCUUUGGAACUUUGAUGCAAAGCUAGUGAAAAAAACAAUUCAUGAAUGGCAAGUUGUUCAUUAUCAUCCUACCAACUAAAUCAAGUUGACCAGAACGAUGACAAAGAACGGUGGUAAAGGAGGAGGAAGACUUAUUGAGACGGAGAUCUUGUAUCUACCUCUUGAAUUGAUAAUCCAGAUCUUGGUGAGGUUGCCGGUGAAGUCUCUUGUACGCUUCAAGUGCAUUUCUAAGUCAUGGUUUUCUCUUAUCUCUGAUCCUCUCUUUGCAAAAACACAUUUUGAACUUACCGCCGCACACACUCGUAGAAUUGUGUUUAUAACAUCAACCCUUGACGUUCGAUCAAUAGAUUUAGAAGCGUCACUUAAUGAUGAUAGUGCUUCUACUUCACCGAACCUUAAUUUUUUGCUUCCCCAAUCUGAGUAUAAUCUUGAAAUUAAAGGUUCAUGUAGAGGGUUUAUACUUUUAAGUUGUUCUUCAAACAUCUACAUAUGGAAUCCAUCCACUGGAGUUCACAAACAAAUACCUUUGCCUCCUUUUGGUUCCAAUGUAGAUGCAAAUUAUUUUUAUUGGUUUGGGUAUGACGAGUUAACAGAUGAUUACUUAGUGGUUUUAAUGUCCGAUGAUCCAAACUCAGCUAAUUUUUUAUCACACUUAGAGUUUUUUUCGUUGAGAGCUAAUGCAUGGAAAGAAAUUGAGUGUACUACUGGUACUCACUUCCCUUAUAUGAAUUCAUGUGAUGAUCCUAGAGUAGGGUGGCUCUUCAAUGGGGCUAUUUAUUGGUUGGCUUUUCGUCAUGAUAUAUCCAUGAAUGUUAUUGCUGCAUUUGAUUUAAUGGAAAGAAAAUUUUUAGAUGUGAAUUUGCCAGAUGAUUUUGACCAUGAACCUACCAAUUGUGGUUUGUGGGUAUUUGGAGAAUUUCUUAGUCUAAGGGUUCUGGAUUGUCAUAAUGAUAUAGUUGAAAUAUGGGUGAUGAAAGAAUACAAAGUUAAUUCGUCUUGGGAAAAGACUCUUGUUCUUCCUAUUGAUGGCAUUCCCUCUCAGUACUUUUACCCCUUAACCUCUACAAAAAGUGGUGAUAUUAUUGGAACAGAUGAUGAUACCGGAUUGGUUAAGUAUAAUGACAAAGGACAGUUGUUAGAGCAUCGUUCCUAUUGUAACGAUCCAUGUGGAUGCCAAGUGGUUAUGUACACAGAGUCUCUGCUUUCACUUCCCGGUGACAAUGAGCAAGCUUAAAAGAUGAAGAAAUAAGAAGAACGAGGUUGUAAAAUACUAUCACAUGCCAUUUUCUUGAUAUUUAAUUAUAGGGUUAAAUAUGUUUUUGGUCCCUAUAAGUAUAUCAACUUUUCGUUUUAGUCCCUCUAAAAUUUUCCUUCAACUUUUAGUCCCUAUAAAAUUUCAAUCACUA